AUGAGGGUCGACAUGAGCACUCAAGGCUCCUAUGGACUGGAAUACUUGCACUCACGAGAUUGUAUCCAUAGAGAUAUCGCCACCAGAAACUGCCUCAUCGAUAAGGGUAUUGUGAAGCUCGCCGAUUUCGGAAUGUGUCGUGCGACGAACGUCUACAAGAUCGACCUCUCCAAGCCGCUUAACGUACGAUGGCUAGCGCCUGAA